AUGCCCGGGAAACUUGUUGAGCGCCGCAACCGUAUUAUCUAUCCGUUAUCAGUCACUCAGCUCGACCAGCGGGAUCUGACUUCGAUAGUUGAGAUCCUCCUCGUUGAUAGCGAAAAGGAUCGUGCGAAAAGCGCGUACCUGGGCCAGUAUCGAGGCUACAGAACGUCUAAGAACAUCAAAACUGGGAUUCAGACUCUUCGAUGGCAACUGCAAGCGAACGCUAUGUUCCGAUUACUCUUCGGCCCCUCCAAGAUCGUCCUCUGUGAGGUGCACAAGGGAUUUAAUCCCUGGAUUAUCCACAGCCUCUUUGAAUUACUGGUCAAAGAGGUCACAUCGUUCUUGGAUGAGCUGUACUGGUUCCUGGAAUAUCUCAAAGACGAUGUUAAGGAGAUGCUGCGCGCUCUUAAUUCGAUCGCCGGCAUGUGGUGGUGCCCUAAAAGCAGGCACGACCUUCCUCCUUUCCAUGCGAGGUAUUACCAAGAGAACCGUUGCGAGGCGUGUAUGCUUGCGCGUGUUGUUGCUAAGGCUCCCGAUCUGCAGAAUCUUCACGCCACACUUCUGAGUCGCACAAGAGAAGAUAGGUCUGAAAAACACCCUGAGCUUCAAAAGUUCGUUGAAGUGGCCAUCAGUAUAACCGGAGUUACCCCUGAUAUGCUUCGAGAUGGUAUGGGAUUGGCAGCCAGAGCCAGAGCAGCCCGAAAGGCAGCACGCAAAUUCGCGAGAAAACAAAUGAAGGGGCCAAGACCAAUGCGCUAUAAAGGGAAAAAGAAGAGAUCCCAUUGUAUAACCAUCCGGUUGAAGGCAGAAACGCCCGAGGAAGCGGAAAAAGAGCGAAAAGAAAUUUUGGAGAUGUUGGCACGUCUCAAAGGCGAGCCCUCCGAAAAACUGGACGAUCUUGCUAAUGACAUGGUCAGAGAAUUCAAGUGCGACGUGGAACGCACAAUCAAUGCUAAACAUGAAAAGCUCCCAGACUAUGCGGAAAACGAGCAUGUGUCAAUACCUGCACCUAGCCAUCAUCGUGUUAGUCUUGUGAGUGAAGCGGAAGUCAGUGAUUGUCUAUCGGAGGACCCGAGCAUCAACGGCGAAGAAACGGACAUGACGCCUGCACCCAGCUACCAUUCUAACCUAAACGGUGUUGGGUCACAAGAGCCUCCGGUUGUAGGUGCCAACAGCUUGAAUAGCACGACUUAUUGUCCGCCCACAGUUGCGACUGGAUCAUCCAAUACAGACCAAGCGACUGGUAUUCGGUCGCGCCUCGGUGACGAUGAACCCAUACUUUCUAUUAAUGAGGAGGCUCGCAGAAGUAGCGACAGAUUUCCGGUGGAGGGUAAGAGCAAUGGAUCGGCACUCCCUCCACUCAUGCCUGAUACGCCAGGCAAGAAAUCGGUGAAGUUUGCAGCGCCCAGACAUGUUGCACCUGUGCAUGGGAGCCGCCUGCCCCAGAAUUUCUUGAGGUUCAGAACGUCGUCAUGA